GUCUUGCUGUCCGAAAGGAGUCCAAAACUAAAACGAAGAAAAAAUGUGGCUUUAAAUUCUCGCUCUGUUCCUUGAUCUGUAACACCUCAAGUUCUGGUUUCUCCUUUAUGCUGCUGUUGUGCUUAUUGUCGGAAUUCUGGGUGGUUCGUUAAUCCGUUUGAUCUUUGCUUGGUGCUGUUGCAAUGAUGGAGAUGGAAAUGGAUCCAGAAUGUGAAGAACUUUCAGGAGACCUAUCUUGUAAUCAGAUUGACAAGCAAGGAAGAGUUCUGGGUGGUGAUGCCAUGUCUUGCCUUAAUCUUCUUGAAUCCAUGGCGGAUGAAAAUCCUGGGAUGUUUGUGCGGUAUUUGGCUGAUAAAGAGGGUGGCUUGGUAAACUUAUUCUGGUCAGAUACUUGUAGUCAAUUGGAUUAUGAGAUAUUCGGAGAUGUACUCGCAGUUGAUGCGACCUACAGAAAGAACAAACACAUGGGUCCGUUGGUUGUAUUUUCGGGGUUUAAUCAUCAUAACCAGAAGAUAGUCUUUGCAGCUGCUCUUGUUUCUAACGAGAAGGAGGAGACCUAUGUAUGGUUACUCCAACAACUGUUGGAUGCAAUGAAGGGAAAAGCACCGGGAUGUGUGAUCACUAAUGGACAUAGAGCCAUGAAGAAUGCCAUUGAGGUUGUCUUUCCUCUUGCCUAUCAUCGACUCUGUGCAUGGCAUCUAAUUGAGAAUGCUACCAGCAAUUUGGGUAACCCCACUUUUACAUCUGAAUUUAAGAAAUGCAUGUUAUUUGAUUAUGAGAUAUCACAGUUUGAAGAUCGUUGGGACAAAAUGGUUACAGAACUAGGCCUUGGUGAUAACCAAUGGGUCUGUGAUCUCUAUGCAUGUAAGAAAAUGUGGGCAACUGCGCAUAUUCGCAGGAAUUUCUUUGGUGGGUUCAAAGCAACAUCUAGAUGUGAAGACCUGCACUCUAUGCUUGGAAAGUUUGUUCAUUGUAGGCACAAUCUAAGAGACUUUGUGGAGCUAUUCUUCCAAUGCCUAAGCCAAAUGAGGGAUAGGGAAGUUCAAUCUGAUUUAUGUUCUGUGGUUGGUGAGGUUGUGUUGCAAAGUCCACUCCUUUCUUUGGAGAACUCUGCUGCUAGUUUAUUCACACGAGAGAUAUUUUACUUGUUUAGACCUAUGCUGUCACGAGCUUGUACUUUGGAGGUGCAGGCAUGUACUUACACACCCACUUCAGAGAUUUAUACAGUUUCCAAAUCUGGAAGUUCUUCGAAAGAGUGGCGAGUCUCCCACUAUCCGGAUGAGUCAGUGUUUAAGUGCUCUUGUUUCAGAAUGGAGUUCCUGGGCGUACCAUGUAACCAUAUUGUUGCUGUUUUGGAUCAUCUUGAAUUUUCAGAGCUCCCCAGGAGUCUUGUGCUGGAUAGAUGGACAAAGGAGGCUAGAAUGAAAUUCAUGGGGUUCAUGGAUGAGGGUCCUUUCAGCUGGGAUUCGGUGGUUACAUGUAGAAAUUUGAUGCUUAAUGAUCUAUGUAGGGAGAUGUGUGUCCUUGCUUCUGCUACCACCGACGACUUUGUUGAUGUAAGUGAGAAAGUAGGGGCCGAAAUAAAUCGUUUGAAGCGAAAGAGGGAAGCUCCUGAAAAUGACUAUAGUGACCAAAACUAUGAAGCUGCACUAUCUGAUUUUUGGCAGGAUAGUUCAUUUGGAGAUAUCUGGGAGGAGUAGGAACAUGAAGCAGACGAUUAUGACUUAUUAGUAGCAUUAUUUAGUAUCGGGUUAGUACUUACAUGGCAAUAUAGAUGUUAUCUGACUUAUUUCCCAAUUCCCUUUCUUAAGGACGUACAUGUAAGUAAGGAAACUCAAUGUCAAUGGAUUCUAUGCUGUUAACUAGUACUGCUUUCUAGCUACACUACCCUCCAUUACAUGCCCUACUUCUUUCUUUUUAUCAUUUUUCGUUUUUAGAAUACAUUUAUGCAACUUCAUAAUAAUUGAUUAUCAUUAAACUA